UCAAAAUUUCUCACCAACCUUACCAGGACCACUACCCUAUCUUCUCUUCUCCUCAGAUCUCAACUCAUUAGGCCAAUACCCUCCAACAGACCAACACUAACAAGUAGCCAACCCCCUUAUAUUUUCUUGAAAUUCUAUUGGCUAUUUAGUACACAAAAUAGUACCAAGAUUGAAUCUUUAUAGUGUGCAAAGUGCUAAGAAGCAUUGUAAUGGUGGAGGCACAAUCAUGGACAACAAGAAGGGGAAGCAACCCAAGAUUGGAAUCAACCCAAGAUCAAGUUUUGGACAUGCCAGUAACACCAACUGCUGAAAUAAGGCAACAACAAUAUUCAAAUGGUGGUAUAAGUUCUUUAGUGUCACCAACUGUACUUACUGCACUUAUUAUUGCUUCUUGGUACUGCUCAAAUAUUGGGGUGCUUUUGCUUAACAAGUAUUUACUAAGUUUCUAUGGUUAUAGGUAUCCAAUAUUCUUGACCAUGUUACAUAUGUUGUCAUGUGCUACUUAUAGUUUAGUUGCCAUUAAGUGGCUUGAAAUUGUUCCUUUCCAACAGAUACAUAGCAGGAAACAGUUCUUCAAGAUUCUUGCAUUGAGUGCUAUUUUUUGUUUCUCUGUGGUUUGUGGUAAUACUUCGUUAAGGUACCUUCCUAUAUCGUUCAAUCAAGCAAUUGGUGCUACUACUCCAUUUUUUACUGCUAUUUUUGCUUUUGUGAUUACAUGUAAGAAAGAAACUGCUGAGGUUUAUUUAGCACUUGUCCCUGUGGUUCUUGGUAUUGUUUUGGCUAGUAAUAGUGAGCCAUUGUUCCAUUUGUUUGGGUUCUUGAUGGCAUUAGGUUCAACUGCUGGGAGAGCAUUGAAAUCUGUUGUUCAAGGGUUGUUGUUAACAUCUGAGGGUGAGAAAUUACACUCAAUGAAUUUAUUACUAUACAUGGCACCAAUGGCAGCAAUGAUUUUGCUUCCAUUUACAUUAUACAUAGAGGGAAAUGUGGCUGGAAUUACAUUGGAGAAAGCAAAGGGAGAUGGAUUUAUGAUUUUCUUGUUGGUUGGUAAUGCAACAGUUGCUUAUUUGGUGAACUUGACUAAUUUCUUGGUUACUAAGCAUACAAGUGCUUUGACACUACAAGUUUUGGGGAAUGCUAAAGCUGCAGUGGCUGCAGUUGUAUCAGUUUUGAUUUUCAGAAAUCCAGUGAACAUUAUGGGAAUAACAGGAUUUGCUGUGACAGUAAUGGGUGUUGUGCUUUACAGUGAGGCAAAGAAGAGGUCUAAAGUAACAGCACACUGAUGAAACAUAUGAAAGAUUCAAUCUUGAUGAUGCUACUACACAAAGGUUCAAUCUUUUUUCCUUCUUUGUUUUUUUGUCUAGUUAGAAUUCAUUCUGUGGGGGUUGGGAGGGUAAGUGGUUGGAUAUUAUUCCACUGUAUAGGAAGAAAGAUCGGGUGAGGUGGAAAAGGUUCAUGUUCUAUGCUUUUUUUUUGUUCUUCUCCAUAUAAUUGAGCUUGAUUGGGGGUGUUUAAAAGAGAAUAAAGUUGUCUCUUUUACUUUUUCCCCUUUCUGUAAUUUUAUACUCCUUUGAUGCAACUACAACAAAGAAAGACUGAUUCUUUAGAUAUUGUUCUCUCUGUGUAAUAUUUUGGUGGGAGAAUUGUCCCCCAACAUAUUUUGCUAAAUCAAAAGUUUUAUUUUCA